UUGCAUCUUUGCGUCCGUUCUUGGACGAGCAGGGGCUGCUGCGAGUGCGCAGUAGACUGGUGAACUCUGACAUGACUCUUGGUGACAAGUGUCCCAUUCUGAUCCCCAAGGGUCAUCUCGCUGACCUGAUCAUCAGUUUUCAGCACGUGCUGUUGAAGCACGCUGGUGUUGACUCGCUCCUGACGACUCUCAGACGCGAGUACUGGAUCGUCGGAGCCCGGAGAGCAUCCAAGAGAGUAAAGCGCGCCUGCGUUGCGUGCCAGAGACAGGAUGCUGCCGCUCUGAACGCGCCGGUGGCGCCUCUCCCGGCUCUGAGGGCAAGUAAGGCUCCGCCUUUCUCUGUGACAGGCGUGGACUUCUGCGGCCCGCUCUUCUGUCCUUCCCGGCAGAAGGUCUACAUUUGUUUGUUCACAUGUGGUGUGACCAGAGCGAUUCAUUUGGAGCUGGUCGAUUCUAUGUCGCUGUCGGACUUCCUGUUGGCUUUCAGGAGGUUCUGUGCCCGGCGUGGCAUGCCUUCGUUCAUAUACUCUGACAACGCCUGUACGUUUAGGAGUGCGGCUGCCAGUCUGCUGUCCGAGUUCGGACCCGCCAGCCCGGAGUGGAAGUUCAUAGCCCCCAGAGCCGCUUGGUGGGGAGGCUGGUGGGAACGGCUGGUUCGCACAGUCAAGAGCGCCCUGAAGAAGACGCUCGGCAGGAGCGUACUUUCGAAGGUGGAGUUGGAGACUCUGCUUCAUGAGGUCGAGGCUGCGGUGAAUUCUCGUCCUCUGACGUUUGUCAGUGAUGAUUUUGACGCUGCUCACCCCCUGACUCCGAGUCACUUUUUGUCAGGUGGAGUGGCAGGUGCCCGUGUUCCCGUGGUGGAUGACUCCGCUGAGGUCACGGCGUCCUCUUUGGCAGAGAGGGAGCUUCAGCGCCAGGAUUUACUCUCGAGGUUCUGGGAUGUGUGGCAGGCUGACUAUCUGAAGAACUUGCCUCACUCUGUGAGGAAGUUCAAGUCUCGAGGUAGGCUCCAGAUAGGUUCGGUUGUACUUAUCCGAGAGGAUAAUGUCCCGAGACUGUCCUGGCUGAUGGGUGUAGUACAGCGUCUGCAUCCUAGCUCUGACGGUGUUGUGCGGUCGGCGGACGUGAGGACGACGAGGGGUGUCCGCACGCGACCGGUGCAAAGGCUGCACGAUUUAGAAGUAGCUGAGUAGGUAGGAUAUGCGGUAGUAUUCACUGAUUGGCGUUGUGUGUGGUUUCGACGCGCGCUGUGUUUCCGAGUAGGAAAACUUGUGUGCGAUUGCUUUUGUAUUGUGUGUGUUGUUUGCAUUGCUUGUUUCGGUUAGAUCGUAAGCAGGUUAACGCUCUAAGGUGGGGAGUGUUACGGAUUCCGUCUUGUCGACUGCUGCGGCUGUGGGCUAUCCGCUUGGAUGGUGGUGCCCACUGCUGGGCCGAUAGUGGUGCCAUCUAGGUGCUCUGAGUAC